AUGCCAGACCGCGUUAAGCCUCCAGCGCCGCUGCACGAUCAACCAUUGAUUCUAGACCCAGCAACCAACGUGCCCACAUAUGAGAAUCAUUCACUCACAGGCUUUCUCCGGGACGUUUUCCAGCCUUCACAGUCCGACACGGCGUACCUUCCACAGCCCAGCCUUGUUCCGAACCAGAGCCAUACUCUGCGCGAUUUGAUGGACUUUGGUCAGGAUCUAAGCUUGGAAUUCAACGAUCUGGAUGCAGUCUUGACCGGAGACUGGGGUCUGAACUGGUUGGAACCCGCGCUGCUACCCGAAGACAACGCUCGUCUGAAUGGCCAGUCGAAUUCCACCGCAAACUCGGCCACAAUUGACGAGAGCAUUAAUCUCGGCACUGCAGCUUACAACAGAUCGGCAUGGAGAUGGGAACCGAACGACGAGCGUGUCGACCACRAUCAUGCACUGGCUUCGGUACUGUUAGAGAGCCAUGGGCCCGACAAGUUACCACGCCCACGCCAACUACCACUGAUGAAACCUUUACAUCAAAAGGAUCGCGAUCGAAUUGUAGCUCUAUUGCUUGCUAGUUGUGAAAGAGGCAAUUAUCAGAACAUAGUCAGUCUGUUUCCUGCGGUGCGGGUUUUGGACAUCUUCAUGAAUGAUUUUCUCCUGGUGAUGGAGCACAGUAUCGACAGCUGGUUCCACACUCCUACCUUCGUUGCCAACGAAUCAGCCCCGGAGUUACUGACGCUCAUGAUUGCUGGCGGUGCCAUCCUGAGUAGAUCCAGCCACGCUCAAAAGUUUGGGUACGCUCUGCAAGAGAAAGGUCGGCUGGCCAUCGCUGAGAUGUUCGAGCGAGACGGUCGCAACACCCGAAGCCUUCAAGCACUUCAGGCCUAUUCAAUCUCCCUUAACAUCGGAACCUGGAGCGGCGACAAACGAAAGAUGGAACUUGCAGAGUCGAACGUUCUGCCGCUAAUCACUAUGCUGCGUAGGUCAGGUGCGUUCCGUCGAUCCAGGAGCGAUCUCAUCAGGCCAUCAAGCCAAGAUGAUCUCGCUACCACAGAGUCAAAAUGGAGAGCUUGGGUGUCUGGCGAGUCUUCCAAAAGACUKGUAUUUCACCUUUUCUUGCACUGCGUUCAAGUUUCCGCCGCAUUCCAAACCCCUCCUCUUGUAUCCUAUGCGGAAAUAACGCUCGAUCUACCAGCACCGCAGGGUGUGUGGCGAGCCACUUCAGCGACCGAGUGGCGCGACCAAUAUCUUGCUCUUGGACUUGGAGGGCAGCAGCUACCGAGCUUCCUUUCCUGCAUGCGCGAUCCAGAGACCGUGGGCCAGGUCUUGAGAAGUAUCGAUCUGGAAUUCACUAUGUAUCUUGUGUUAUUGGCCCAUUGGUGUCUCGCGCGUGAAUAUACUGAGCUCAACUCGGCCAAUAAAGCUCAAGCACAGACCGACGGACAGUGGGCCGGCUCGAUGCUGGCUUCAUCCAAGCGUCAGGAGCUCCAGCGAUUAUUUGACACCUUCCAAGGCACCGUUAUAGCUUGGAACGUGUUUGUACCAAAGGAAGUCCACAUGACGUCUCAACUUCUGCGAAUGAAUCUGUGCGUCGCGUUCGAGGAUCUCCAGUUGCUAGCCGGAAAGGAGGGCGAGGACGAAGCAAGAAGGGUGUUGCCGUUCUUGAAGCAAUGGUACCGCACUCCCGAAUGCAGACAGGCAAUGUGCCAUGCCGGAAAGAUCUUGUCAGCCGCACGACGACCCGCAGGAAGGUCGCCCAAUGCAUCACGCGCUUCCACACCCGACACCCCCUGGCUUCGAGACUUUCACGCCGUGGCUCUAUACCACGCAGGCCUCGCUUUCUGGGCGUACGGACUACUUACCAAAGCCAUUAGUAUUGAGAAUCAACGGGAAGAGUCCGGAGGGCGUCGAGAAUUUCCAAUCGACUAUCAAGGAGAUCUUGUUUACUUGGAUGAGAAAGGUGCAGAGGAAAUAAUAACGGACGCAGGCAAUCGCUUCAUCAGAACGAACCAAGGACGUGCGGUUAUAUCCUCAGUCUCGCCUUUUGGCCGGGGCUCAGCAGCAAACGCCAUUGGCGCCGUUGACGACUUCCAGCCACCCGGACUUGAUAAUGGAGAAGCACAGCCCAGACACACUCAGCAGCAUGCUGUGCCGCUGGACGAAUCGCAGCGGGUCAUGGAGGUCAUGGUAGAUGCCCUUGCAACUGUUAGUCAGCCACCGGAAUCGAGCAAUCAGCCAUCUCGUUCCAAUCAUGCAGUGCCUCAACGACCUGCCAUGGUUGAGAACCUGAUACAGCUUAUGCGUGAUCUUGGAACGGCUGCUUCUGCCGUGUGA